UGUGUAUCACACUCAAACGAGAUUUCGCGAGAGUUUGAACAGUCUGCGGGCUAGCCUGCAUUACAGAAGUAACGGACCGUCACGGCUUUGGAAAGUUAUCACAUUUAGCAUUUAAUCGAUUGCCCAUUUUGAAGUAUGAAGCGCUGCUAAGGCAGGCAACAUGAAGAUGAUUUCAUGAAGCUGACCACCAAACAGAAUCAAACGUGGAUGCAAUUCAUGCCCGAGUGGACAAAUCACCAACAACUGUUAACCAAACAGAUUGAUCAUAAUAGAGCAAAAAGAUAGUUACAAGGGAGUUGUUGCUGUUGAAGUGUUAAUUUUUAGAUCAGACGUGGAGUGUUGUCUCCUGCUGCGUUUAUUAACGCCUCCCAACGUCAUCACAUGGACCAAAAGAAACUCCUUCAACCAAUCAAAAGACCUCGGCUAGAAGCACCGACCAGCAUGUAUCAAGUGUCUAUUCGAGGGCCGAUACCCAAUGGCCCAAUGCACCCCCGGCCGCUCAUAGCUCUCCUCGACGGUCGGGAUUGUUCUGUGGAGAUGCCAAUACUAAAAGAUGUGGCCACAGUAGCAUUCUGUGAUGCUCAGUCUACACAAGAAAUACAUGAAAAAGUCCUGAAUGAGGCAGUAGGGGCCCUUAUGUGGCAUACGAUCACACUCUCUAAAGAGGACCUGGAAAAAUUCAAAAGUUUACGAGUCAUCGUCAGAAUAGGCAGUGGCUAUGAUAAUCUUGACGUCAAGGCAGCAGGAGACUUUGGCAUAGCUGUUUGUAAUGUUCCUGGUUACGGUGUCGAGGAGGUAGCAGAUUCUACAGUAUGUCUAAUUCUGAACUUGUAUCGGCGGACAUAUUGGUUGGCUAACCAGGUAAAGGAGGGUAAGAAAAUUAGUGGACCAGAACAGUUAAGGGAGGCUGCACAGGGCUCGGCAAGAAUCAGAGGCGACACACUUGGCAUUGUUGGUUUAGGUCGUGUAGGAACAGCAGUGGCUCUACGUGCUAAAGUUUUUGGAUUUAAUGUAAUAUUCUAUGAUCCUUACCUUCAUGACGGAGUAGAAAAAUCAUUAGGUAUAACACGAGUGUACACUUUACAGGACCUGCUGUUUCAGAGCGACUGUGUGAGCCUACAUUGCAACCUUAACGAACACAACACUCACCUCAUUAACGAUUACACUAUCAAACAGAUGCGGCCAGGAGCUUUUCUUAUCAACACCGCUAGAGGUGGUCUCGUCGAUGAGCAUGCCUUGGCAGCAGCAUUAAAGGAUGGAAGGAUACGAGCAGCAGCAUUAGAUGUCCACGAAAAUGAACCUUUCAGCCUCUCAACCAGUCCUCUCAAAGAUUGUCCAAAUUUGAUUUGUACUCCACACUCAGCAUUCUACAGUGAACAAAGUGUUACAGAACUGCGAGAAAUGGCUGCCACGGAAAUUAGACGAGCCAUCGUUGGCCGAAUUCCAGAUGGUCUACGCAAUUGUGUUAAUAAAGAAUACUUCACUACAGGAAGUGUUCGUCCUCCCUAUGCCUUCCCAGGUUACCCAGAAGGAAUGAACGGUGCUGGUUAUCCAUUCCCAAAUCCAGCAGCUGCAGCAGCUGUUGCAGCCCUGGGAGGUGUACACUCCACCACAAUGGACCAGCACCCGACAGUGUCCCACUCCACACCUCACUCCACUCCCCACAGUACUCUCUCCGACUCCUCCAUCCACAACAUGGCUAAACCGGAGAACUCAGAGGUUCACUAGUGCUACCCUGCCUCGGUUAUCUCCCCUGACUUGUACAAUGGACUAGAGGGCCGAUGGAUGGAUGAAGACACGCGAGUGCUGUUGGUCAAAAUACAACUUUUAUAAUGUUGACCAGAAUUAGUCUGGAGUAAGAAAGGACAGAAGAAAAUAUUUUCUAUGGAAGGAUGUGUAGAAAAAGGAAGCAUUUUGAGAAGUAAAACCACAGUCAUUUUUUGUAUCAUGGACAUUUUCUAUGUAUAUGUGUUUUUUCAUUACAGGGGGAAAAUUUCGAGGGAAGCCAUAAAUAUGUUGGAUGCAUAUUCUCUGUAUAUAAUUCAUCAUCUUUUUGUUCCAUUACACAUCUUGCCAACUGUUUCAUAUAUUUCGUAUGUUUAAUAGAAAUGUUUGUAAACAGUUGAUACAGAGUAUCAGCCAGUGGUUUUGUUUCUCAAAAGUAUGACUGUAGAAAAUAUGUUUCAACUGUAUAAUGCGGUCACUCAUUGGGGCCACUUUUUUAAAAGCUAUACAAGUUUCAAAAACGAUGGCGCUUCAUUUUGAAAAUUUCAUAACCAGCUAUAACCCACAGAUAUUUGAUUCUUCCUGUUGUAGGAAUCUUAUAGGUAGGAUAGUAUUCUCAUUGGAUGAGAAUUAUAUGUUGCAAGUUAUGACACCUGUGAGGUUUAAUAACAUGCAGAUCUGGCUUGAGGUGGAGAAUUGACACGUAGGUGUAUACCUACAUGACAAGGUUUAUAGAUAUAACAUACUGAAUCAUGUUUUUCAUGAACUUGCAACUGUUAUUAAGUUCAUCCUUGGUAACAUUUGUAAUUACAAGGAACAUGAUCUAGACAUACUUCAAGAGUGUUGUUGAACAUAUUUUUUUGUGUUUAAAUUGUUCAGCAAACGUUUUGAAAUGUAAAACUAAUUCUUUGUUGCAUUCCAGGGGAGCUAACUCUUCAUUAAAGCAUCAAAGAAAACUGGAAUCUCAUCCAUAAUUUUCAUUCAAAGGCAUUAAUUGUUUUCUUCCUGUUUAUUCUUUAAAUAUACUGCAAAAUUAAAUACAUCAAGGAUGUCAUAUCUGUAUUGAAUUAAAGAUGAUGUUCAUUGGUGAAUUUUUGCCCUGUGACAUAUUAAGCCCUUUUUAUAAGCAUAUUCACCCACUGUACGUUACACAGUGAUAUUCACCACCAUGAUAAAUUUGCCCUCGCUUCAAAGAACAGAAUGAGAUGAAAACUUAAUAGUAUUUUCCAGAAUGGAGUUUAGAAAAAAUCACUGAACAUGAAUUUUGAACAAGUUGCAAACCCUCCAUGCAUCUCACUUGAUUUAAUUUUUUUUAUGUGAAUUUAUCUUGUUGCACAAUUGUAUAAAUCUUUCCUUACCUCAAUUAUUUCAUGGCAAUCUUGCCUGAAAGGCAAAAUACAGCUUUUGGCUCUUUGGCAUUUCCUCACACAAAAACAUUGAUACAGUCAAUUUAUAUUUGAAGAUUUUAUGCUGGUGAUGUUAAGUCUUAAUAUCAACCUGUUCACCUUGAUUAAGACAUCAAAUUACGCUAAAGGCACUUUGACUAAAGUCUGAUAACUGUGAACACUUAUAUUGACCUUAGUUCAAUGACGAAUCUAGCACUUACCAGAGGUAGAUUGUAAUUCAGUUUUGGAUGUAGUAUGUGUACAUUUAAAUAUUAUCAAUGAAGAAUGACAAUGCAGAGAAGUCAAUUGCUUUGUAUUCGUAUUAAUUGUAUAGAAUUUUCUUACCUUCCUAGUGACACAGACAGGAGAGAAAAUACGUGUUUGGAGAAUUAGUAUGGUAGUGAAAAUGUGCAUGCUGUACACCAAAAGUGAUUUCAGAAUUUUGCAGACUUCAUUGUAUUUGUCCUCUAAGUAAAUUUCAUGUGUGAAAGUUAGGGGCGUAUGUGUGGGUGAACUGCUACAGUACAUGUGAGAGAGAGCAGUCUGUGCCUAUAUCUACUGAAAAUUCUAAGCGGGUUUCUCAUGUGCUGUUAGAUUUUUUCUAUGUAGUAACUGAUUCAUACAGGUGGUUUUAUCCAAAAUGGUCCUGUUUACAGAUUGAAUUUGUCAAAUGAAAUCUUGGAUGGUGAAUUGAAGUUUUAUGCAAGUAGGUAUUUAAUUAUAAUGAAAUGUUUACCAGUGAAGGUGUUUUCGCUGUUAAAAUUAAUUCUUUUACAUAAUUGAUAUUUUUGUAGUUAUUAGAAUGUGUAUCAUGUCUGAAAUAGCUAGGGAAUUUUAAAAGAAUCUAAACAAAUCACAUCAUAUAAAAAAACUUGAAACAAAGUUAAGCAUUUUAGAUGUGAAUUUUCCAGUGAUUCAUUGUACCUUGUAUGUGUUGUAAAAAUCCAGGCUCGUAAAGCAUAUAAUGCUGUGUUACUGCACACUACCAUCCACCAUACUGUACUGUAGCAUGCUGUAUUAUCCGAUCAUGGUCAGAAUGGCCACUAAACAUUGGGGCCAGAUGUGGCAGCAUUUUGUGUGUUUAAUAUGCAGUUUACAAAAUGCAAGGUUUUGUGAGCCAAUUUUUUAAAAGGAAAAAACAAAUUUGUGUAUCUUAGCAUGGAGCAUCCAAUGUAGGUUGAUUCUAUGUAUGAACGAACAGUUUUCCUGUUAUCUGCUAGUAGUCAUUAUCUAUGUAACCAUUUGUAGGAAGUUAUCUCACAUCUUUUCUUUUGUUGAAUGUAAUUGUUUCAACUCACAAACAACAUCGGACAUGUACCGUCUCCCCAGUGCGACCAUCAAUGUUCUCAUUUUCUUUUGAAAUAAAAACACAUGCAGAGAAAUAUUUUUGUAAAGAGAAUCAAACUAGUUUUUUCCAGUUCACAAAUAUUGAAAGAUGCACCUCAUUCUUCAUCUUUUUGAUGCCAUAAAAUCAUGUUAUUAGCAUUUGAUCAUGUGUAAAAAGGGUUAUGACUGUUUGUGUAUGAAUGGAUUUCUUCUUCAUCACAUCAGUGUCACAGGACAGUCAUACAUUAGAGACAUUGGAUACCAUACUUCACAGUUCACAAUAGUAUAAACUAAUGCUGGAUUCAAAUUUGUCUGAAAUUUGUCAUUAAAAUAAAUAAAAUACAUA